AUGCGUCUUCGCUAUCAGACUCAUGGAACUGAUGAAGAAUUUCAAGCCCUCACGGCUAUUACAGCUGAUCCAACUUGUUAUUCCCAAGCUGUUGGGCACCCACAGUGGAGGGAUGCUAUGGAUCAGGAAUUUAAUGCCCUUCUGCAUAACGACACUUGGCGUUUGGUCCCACCCAAGCCCGACAUGAAUAUCAUUGGGUGUAAGUGGGUGUUUCGCACCAAACGGACUGCUGAUGGCUCAGUAGAGAGGCAUAAGUCACGGCUUGUGGCUAAAGGCUACAAUCAGGUCGCUGGGGAAGAUUUCUUCGACACCUUCAGCCCGGUUGUCAAACCGACAACUGUUCGUCUCCUUCUGUCGUUGGCUAUCACCAACAAGUGGACCUUAAGGCAACUAGAUGUUCACAACGCCUUCCUAAAUGGCGUCUAG